UCAGGUCUGUUCUGGAGAGAACACAUUUAUUAUGAUCAGAAUAUGACCUGGACUGAGGCUCAGACGUACUGCAGGAAUAAUUAUGUAGAUCUGUCAGUUAUUGACAGCCAAUUAGCAUUCAACAGUUUCGUAAAUAAAUCAGACAGUCAGAAAUCUGAAAAUUGCUGGAUCGGUCUUAGAAAAGAAAAAAACGAGACUCUGUUUACACAGUGGUCAGAUGGAACUAUACUAAGAUUCUCAAAUUGGAAAGGUGGGAAUCUUACCAAUCGUCCGAAUGGAGACUGUGUUUUUACGAACAACAAUGUUUGGGUACUGGAUGACUGUAAUAACAAACAUAAAGUCUUCUGCUACACUUGGGCACCUAAGAUAAUUGUGGUGCAGAGGAUGAUGAACUGGGAGGAGGCUCUGGUGUACUGCAGAACCUACUACACUCACCUGGUAUGGUUCAUCGAGAAGAUUGACUACUUUUUGGUCAACAACAGAAGUAUGAAAAUUCAGACUCCCACAUUCUGGACCAGUCUACGAUUCAUGGAUGGCUCAUGGUUCUGGGCGAACGGGAUGUUUCUGCUGAAUAGUGAGACAUCACUGCCUCCAUGCCCUGACAAGCCUUUCCAUUGUGGAGCACGAAAUAUUAAAGCUGGUGUCUGGGAGAACAGAGACUGCAAGGAGAAAAUGAACUUCAUUUGUUAUCACUACAUUUGAGCAUCACUGCAAUCAAGAUUGGCAUGAGACAAUGAAGAAUCGAUGAACAGAGAUGCUGAGCAGAUUAAUGUCAAUCACACAGCAUAAUAUUAUAAACUGAAUUAUUACAUUAGAAUUGUUACUUCAUUACUUAAUUCUCCAACACUAUAUUUAUGUGCUACAUUGUGUUGAAGUAAAUAGUGUCCUUGAGUAGAUAUUUGUUAUAAGAUAUAUAUUAUAAGUUUUUCCUGAAUAAAUGGAAUUUGUAUUUUAUCCUCGACUGUAAUGUUAAACAUUAAAUAAAAUGUG